GCUGGUCAACGCUAGCCUCCUCUCCCAGGAGGUGCCUGCAGGGGCUGUGCGAGCUGACUGUUGCCCCAACCUGGCCCGAGCUGCUGUCCCGCGCUUCCGCUCGCAGUCAGGAGUGUUGAGUGAAGUGGGGCAUCGUGCAGCAUGUCACUGCAUACCUGGGACUGGGAGGAUGAGGACACGGCGAGCAUGGGGCUGACGUCCUCCCUGGGCAGCUUUUGCCAGUCCAUAAGUGACUGCGAUGUGGAGGAGUACCUGAAGGCCAGGGACCAGGCCCCGGAGUCGGAUUCUGACCGCCAGUGCAGCAGCAUCGAGUCCUCAGAUGGGCCUGCCAGCACUUUCAACUCCGACAUGCCCCAGGUCGUCCCUUGCACAUUCAUCAUCUCACUGGCCUUCCCAGGGAAUACGGGUCAUAAAGGAAAGUAUAUAAAUUUGACGGAAAAACAUAGGAAACACCACAAAAUGGACAAACCUAUUACAAAGAGUCACCAUUUUUACCACAUUGAGUAUUUCCCUCUGCCGGAUGAUAAAGAGCCUAAGAAAGUUGACGUGGUGGUGUUCCCAACAACUGUCAAAGUGUUCCUGGAUUCAGGAGUAAAGGCUAUGAAGCCAUGGCAUGAAGGGGACAAAGUCUGGGUGUCAUGGACCCAAGCUUUUAACAUGCACGUGACAAAGGAGUUACUCAAGAAAAUGAUUUUUUACAAAAUAACCUUGAAGAUCUGGGACACUACAGACAAGGUUUCAAAAAAAGUCAGGUAUUAUCGGUUAAAGACAGAAGGGCAUGCAGAAGAGGCAGGAUCUCUUGGUAAGUCAGAGGAAGUGAGACAUUUAGUUUUAAGUCAGAGGAAAUUGUCUGAACAAAGCAUUCAUGUCCAAAUGGAGUGCAACCAGGAGUAUACGCAAAAAAAAACAGAAAGAGCAGAGAAACCCUUCAAGUCUCUGCAUGGUUCUCACCCAGCAGAGUCUGAAGCUUCUUCCCACAAUACCAAGGAAAAUGAAAAGCUACUCAGAAUGGAAGAUCUUUCCAUGAUUGGAUUUAAAUGGAAAGAAUCAGGUAGGGAUAAGAAAGACCAUAGAAGAAGGAAGAAAUACCAUGCAGAGGAGGACAUAGACGGCAAGCUGGGAGAUCAGUGGAAGCGGUGCAGAGUCUUCUCCAUGCAGCUGGGGCUGAAGCCGCUGCUCGCAGGAUGGCAAACCAUCUCGAGUCACGGUAGUGAAAAGUCUGCCAGCAUUUUAGAUUGUCUGUUGACUUUAAAAACAGAAGUUCCUAUCAUGACAGAGGAGCAAAAGCAGGACUUAAACCCCCUGAUCAUAAAGAUCAAAAGUGCUUCCUGCCUUCCAUCGCAACCUGUGCCCUUCCAUGAACUAGAGAGGCUCUGCACCCCCGUGUACUGCAAGUACCAGUUUCACAAGACUCCGGCUCACCAGACUGAGGGGCAGCCUCAUGGAAGCCACAUCUCCUUCCAGGACAUCAAUGUCAUUUUUCUUGGUGCAAUGCACCCCAAUGACCUGAGGGAAUACCUGGAGGGCCCUCCCAUGGUGGUAGAAGUUCACGACCGGGACCGAAAGUCAGAGGAGUAUUCCCGGAAGCCCACCCUGUUUGGGGAGGACCCUCUGGAUUCAUAUAUUAACUUCCAGGCCCUCAUCUCUCCCAAAGAGACAGAGAGCAAUCCCUUUGAAUCCCAAAACAAGAUGUGGGACCCUUACGGAAUAGCCCGAGUAAGUUUUGCUGAACUCCUCCUUGGACACAAGUACUUGAACUUGGCUAUCCCCAUCCACAGCUGUGAGCCCAAGCCCAUACACCAUAACCAGGACAGCAGGAGCAGAAAGGUUGUGGGGUUUAAGGUCCCUACAGAUGCCCUGCAUCACGGCCCAAUGCCCAUGGGUAACUACCUAGAGGCCAACUCCCUGCUCAAGCUGCGAGUAGACAUCUCGGUGCCACUGCAGGCCAUGGCAGAAACCGCCAGUCCAGACCUCGCAGGCACCCAGUUUGGCCGCAUCAUUUUCAUAUUUGACUCCAGGAAGGCCUCCCUCCUAUAUAGCCUGCUGCAGGACAUCACCCUGAUCAAUGCCAAAGCCCUCGAUCUGGACUCCUGCCCUGUCCCGACCAUCCAGCAGAUCCUGUUAGCCUUUAAAGUGCGGGCGAAGAUCCAGGAAAGGCAGGACCUGGAUGUGCUCACCGGCUUCCACAUGCUGGACGGGAAGAUCCACCUCCUCAUUUUGGAAGGCAUAGCUGACCAAGGCUUGAAGCGGCUAUGGGAGAGCCACCAAAGUCGAAUUUCCAAAUCACAGCACAGGAAACACAAGGUGCUCUACAACUCUCAGCUGCUGUUUCAGCACCGCCUCUACGCAGACCUGGAGACCAUCCUGUACCAUAUGCAUCUCUUCAAGCCAGUGUCCCAGCUCAUGAAGCAAUUGGAGCUCUACCUCCGCAACACCAUGAUGCAGAAGGCCUUCCAGGCCCUGACCAGGAUCUACUGCAUCUGCCGUUACAGCACCAACCUCAGGGAGGUGGUUGCCAGAGACCUGCUGCCUUCCUCCGCCAUGAUCAAACACUUGAGCCAGGAGUUUGGGUUGCCCGUUUCACAAGAAGAGCUCAUAGACAGAAAAUUUUUGGCCAUCUUACCUCAUCCUGCCCCCAAUCUCGAGGACUUUCGAAGCCAGAAUUCCACCCAUACUUUUGACAUUGCCUCCCAUCAGAAGAAGUACCUGCAGUGGCGGAACACUGUGAUAUUGAAGAAUAGAGGCCAAAAGCACAGUCUGAUCCAGAAAAAUAUCAUGAGAGCCUACAAGGUCAGCAAGGAGCCUCCAAAGUCUGUGGUAAAGGUGAUUCGGAGUUCAGCCCCUACCAAAGAUGCUGUCUAUAACUAUAGUAUUCAGACUCUGAAUUCCACAGAGUUUGCCAAGAAGGAGCUGUAUCGAGAGAUGGCCAAGGAGCCGAGCAGAAGAUUCACAUAUUCACAGAAGUACCUCUCGGCCAUGGUGGAGCCCCAGGAUUCAAAGGAAGAGGAGAAAAAAGCCCAGAAGAAGUCCCGCCAGGCCUGGCUCACAGCCAAUGGAUUCCAAGUGACAGGCCUUCAGAGGUCCACCGAAAGGGACCACCUCAGGCUGCUGCCCAUUGGCGCCACCACAGAGCUGACUGAGGAGUGGAGGGAAAACGCACUGUUUGCUAAUGUGCUGCAGCCUGUGCUGGACCGAGACAGGUGGAGCUGGGACCGGCGCCAUCAGGACUUUGAUCUGUACAAGAAGCCACCGCCUUUCCUCAAGCUGCCUGCUGCUCCAUCAAUGGGCCGGAAACAGGUAACAGAUGAGACCUAUGCAAGCUGA